AAAUAUCCAAUCAGGAGCUCUGAAGGUGUCUCAAAGGCCCGCCCCCUCCUCCCUUUCCAUUUCUCUUCCCCCCCUUGUUCCCUCCCCCAUCACCCCCCCCACUGGAGUCCUGCGGACCUGGGGGCUUCGGGAUCUGGGCGCUAUGAAAAGUGUCUGCCCAGUCACUUCCGGUUUUUCUUCCCCCAAUCCCUCAGCUGCUGCUGCUGCUCAGGAGGUCAGAUCUGCCACUGAUGGUAAUACCAGCACCACUCCGCCCACCUCUGCCAAGAAGAGAAAGUUAAACAGCAGCAGCAGCAGUAGCAGCAGUAACAGUAGUAACGAGAGAGAAGACUUUGAUUCCACGUCUUCCUCCUCCACUCCUCCUUUACAACCCAGGGAUUCGGCAUCCCCUUCAACCUCGUCCUACUGCUUGGGGGUUUCAGUGGCUGCUUCCAGCCACGUACCGAUACAGAAGAAGCUGCGUUUUGAAGACACCCUGGAGUUUGUAGGGUUUGAUGCGAAGAUGGCUGAGGAAUCCUCCUCCUCCUCCUCCUCAUCUUCACCAACUGCUGCAACAUCUCAGCAGCAGCAGCAACUUAAAAAUAAGAGUAUAUUAAUCUCUUCUGUGGCUUCGGUGCAUCAUGCAAACGGCCUAGCCAAAUCAUCUACCACCGUCUCUAGCUUUGCUAACAGCAAGCCUGGCUCUGCUAAGAAGUUAGUGAUCAAGAACUUUAAAGAUAAACCUAAAUUACCAGAAAACUACACAGAUGAAACAUGGCAGAAACUGAAAGAAGCAGUGGAAGCUAUUCAGAAUAGUACUUCAAUUAAAUACAAUUUAGAAGAACUCUACCAGGCUGUAGAAAAUCUCUGUUCUUACAAGAUUUCUGCAAACUUGUACAAACAGCUGAGACAGAUUUGUGAAGAUCAUAUCAAAGCACAGAUUCAUCAAUUCAGAGAGGAUUCAUUGGAUAGUGUUCUUUUUCUAAAGAAGAUUGACAGAUGCUGGCAGAAUCAUUGUAGGCAAAUGAUCAUGAUCAGGAGCAUUUUUUUGUUUCUGGAUAGAACUUAUGUUCUUCAGAAUUCAAUGCUACCCUCUAUUUGGGACAUGGGACUGGAGUUAUUUAGGGCUCAUAUUAUAAGUGAUCAGAAAGUCCAAAAUAAGACAAUUGAUGGCAUUCUUCUCUUGAUCGAGAGAGAAAGAAAUGGUGAAGCAAUUGAUAGAAGUUUACUCCGAAGCCUUUUAAGUAUGCUCUCUGAUUUGCAAAUUUAUCAAGAUUCUUUUGAACAACGAUUUUUGGAAGAAACUAAUCGGCUCUAUGCAGCUGAAGGCCAAAAGUUGAUGCAAGAAAGAGAGGUUCCUGAAUAUCUUCAUCAUGUUAACAAACGUCUAGAAGAAGAAGCAGACAGACUUAUUACUUACUUAGAUCAGACUACCCAGAAGUCAUUAAUUGCUACUGUAGAAAAACAGCUUCUAGGUGAACACUUAACAGCUAUUCUUCAAAAAGGUUUAAAUAAUCUUCUUGAUGAAAACCGAAUUCAAGAUUUAUCUCUCCUGUAUCAACUCUUUAGCAGAGUUCGAGGUGGCGUUCAGGUGCUCUUGCAACAAUGGAUUGAAUAUAUCAAGGCAUUUGGGAGCACUAUUGUUAUUAAUCCUGAAAAAGAUAAAACUAUGGUUCAAGAAUUGCUAGAUUUUAAAGAUAAGGUUGACCAUAUAAUUGAUAUCUGCUUUCUGAAGAAUGAAAAAUUUAUCAAUGCCAUGAAAGAAGCUUUUGAAACAUUCAUUAACAAAAGACCAAAUAAACCUGCUGAACUUAUAGCUAAGUAUGUAGAUUCAAAGCUUCGUGCAGGAAACAAAGAAGCUACAGAUGAAGAACUUGAGAAAAUGUUGGAUAAAAUUAUGAUCAUAUUUAGAUUUAUCUAUGGGAAGGAUGUUUUUGAAGCCUUCUAUAAGAAGGAUUUAGCCAAGCGCCUAUUAGUUGGAAAGAGUGCAUCUGUAGAUGCUGAAAAAUCAAUGCUGUCCAAACUUAAACAUGAAUGUGGAGCUGCUUUUACCAGCAAACUUGAAGGAAUGUUUAAAGACAUGGAACUUUCUAAAGACAUCAUGAUUCAGUUCAAACAGUAUAUGCAGAAUCAGAAUGUACCUGGGAAUAUUGAAUUAACUGUGAAUAUCCUGACGAUGGGUUAUUGGCCAACAUACGUGCCUAUGGAAGUCCAUUUGCCACCGGAGAUGGUAAAACUUCAGGAAAUUUUCAAGACAUUUUACCUAGGCAAACAUAGUGGCAGGAAACUUCAGUGGCAAUCAACCCUAGGACACUGUGUGCUAAAAGCAGAAUUUAAAGAGGGUAAAAAAGAACUCCAGGUCUCUCUUUUUCAAACACUGGUGCUGCUAAUGUUUAAUGAGGGAGAGGAGUUCAGUUUAGAAGAGAUCAAGCAAGCUACCGGGAUAGAGGAUGGAGAGUUAAGGAGAACACUGCAGUCAUUAGCCUGUGGCAAAGCUAGAGUUCUGGCAAAAAAUCCAAAGGGCAAAGAUAUCGAAGAUGGUGACAAGUUCAUUUGUAAUGAUGAUUUCAAACACAAACUUUUCAGGAUAAAGAUCAAUCAAAUCCAGAUGAAAGAAACGGUUGAGGAGCAAGCAAGCACUACAGAAAGAGUAUUCCAAGAUAGACAGUAUCAAAUUGAUGCUGCAAUUGUUCGGAUUAUGAAGAUGAGGAAGACACUUAGUCACAAUCUCCUUGUUUCUGAAGUGUACAACCAGUUAAAAUUUCCAGUUAAGCCUGCUGAUCUUAAGAAGAGAAUAGAAUCCUUAAUUGAUCGGGACUACAUGGAAAGAGAUAAAGAAAACCCAAACCAGUACAACUAUAUUGCAUAGAAUGUUGACCUUGGUGUCAUAUGCAGUAGACAGUGGAUAAACUAACUUGUUGAUCCUAUAUUAUUUGACUUCUUUUAUACUACCGAUGACCAAAUGAAGCAUUGUAAUGGAAAUAGUUGAGUGGACUUUUUCUCAGUGGUUAACAUGCCCAUUUUAAAGAGUAAUACUUACCUUAAGAAGAAUGUUGUUGAACUCUUUGCAUGUUAUUUAGUAUGAUGUGCAGAAAACUCUUAAGAAAGUACCCGGUCUUCAUGAUUCCUCUUUGGAACUGGGGAAGAGGUCCCUAUGGCUAUUAUAAAGGGCGGGGGGUUCUUAUACAUCAUUAUGAAGCAAAAGGUUUAUUUGCUUAAAUUCUCAUUUAAAGAUACUUAAACUGCAUGCAAACUUUAUUUACUGUACAGAGUUCUGGAUGUAUUUAUCAAAUAGAAAAACCACCCUGGACUUGGUUGUUCACCUGUUUUGUGAUUUCCCUUGAAAAGAAAAAUAAGUUGUCAUAGCUAUUGAUAUUUUACUAGGUAAUGUUCUGUUACACUGAAGGGGAUGUUUUAAAAAAAGCUUAUUUGGAAACAAGUUUUCAAGUAGGGUAACAGUUGCUUACAUAGUAUCUUGUAUAUUCACAUCCUAAAAUUUUCCAUUUAUGAGUAUUGGAUGUGUAUAUAUGGCUUAGCCCCGAGUUUACUGUGCUGAUUAACAGGUACUUAUAAAAUAGCUAAAAUUAAAAGAUUGCUGAUCAGUCAUAUUAGAGGAACAUCAGAGGAAAGAAAAAUCCAACUCUUUCUUCAUAUUAAAAGUGCAUACAAUAUAAAAAUUGCAAAAGAGACCAAAAUCAACAUGUUCUGUAAAUUAUUACAGGAGUGAAAAUUCAUCAGCUAGUUUUCAACUUGAUUUAGACUUUAAAUGUUUUUGGACAGUUCUGUCUUUAUCUUGGACCAAUUGUAGAUUGUUACAGGCUUUCUAGGAUUUAGCAUUCCAAUUUUCUCUACCAAAGUGUGGAUUUUUUUUGAAGCAUCCCAGUUCUUCUCUUUGAUAAAUGAGCCUUUUAAACCAUUUUGCUAACAUCUUAAAACCCUAGAUAUAAAGGUCUUCCCUCAUUUUCCCCACACAACCCCUAUCAAUUUCAAGUUCUGUAUUCCUUUCAAAGUUGCUUGAAGUUAAAGAGUUCUCAUAGCCACUGGACACCUUUUCAGGGAAUGUCCCAAGACUGUUCACACAUAGUAUUGUUCUUCAAUUGAUAAUGUGAGUAAAAGGCUUCAUUACCAUCAGUGGGAUUUUGUUUUGUCUCCUCGUUUGUUUUUUCCUUGAAGGGAAUCAGUUAUGGAAGAUGCAGAAAGUUGUGUUUUUUUUUUUUGUUUUGUUUUGUUUUUGUUUUUUAAUUAGAACUUCUUUAAUGCUUUUUGCAACAGCAUAUUUCCUUCCUGUUUGGAGCCAUUAGGAAAGAAGCCUAGUUCCUAACCUUCAAUUGAGGAGACUUGGGACUCUUCUGUCUACUAUUGAUUAUUUUAUUGAGUUCUCAAAGACCUGUGGCCAGCUAUAUAUAUAUAUUUUUUAAGUUGCCUCUUUUUUCUCUAAUUGCAUCAACUUGCACACUGUUGUCUAACUGCAUAUAGUAUUUUAGAAUUCCUUCUUAAUUCUUUUUGAGCUGCCAUUGCCUAUGUUUUUUCAGCCUCACAGGAGCUCAUCUGACAAGGAAAUGUGGCUGUUUUGUUUGCCCCCUCUCCAUACUGAACCAUCUAUCUCCAUCAGUGUUCUAACUCACCCAUGAUGGUCUCUUGAGAUAUGUAGACCAUUACACCAGACUCACUAAUUACUCUUGAACGAUUUUUAGAAAGAGUUGGUCCUAUUAGAAGGAGACUCUUGAUGUCACCUUCAGUAUCUUGAAAGUGGGUCCCUUCCUUGAAGUUCUUAAUUCUUUGAAAACUUGAUGCUAUUUCAGCUGAAAAAUGAGCAAGACUAUUAAAAAUUAAGGGGAAUUGUUUAAGAAACUAAAAAGUAAUUGCAGACUACAUUGGAUAAUUGUGACUUUCAGUUGUUCUGUAUCAGUUGAAUUUUUGUGCUCUUUUCCCUGUGUACGUGGUGGUUCUAUUUUUCUCCAAUAAAACUUUUAUUUAAAAAAAAGUUUCUGGGGAAUAUCUUUAAAA